GGGAGCGGGUGGUGGAUAUGGCGGCAGCGCCUGGCGGUAAGACGACCCAUAUCUGUCAAUUGAUGAAGAACGCUGGGAUCGUCUAUGCAAACGAUCCCAAGAAAGAAAGAUGCGUCUCGCUAGUUGCUAAUCUGCAGCGCAUGGGAGUGUCGAACUGCAUAGUGAAGCGAACAGUAGAAGAGUUUCAGGCGCAUGCGAAGCUGCAGAAGCAGCUGCUUUGUGCUGCUGUUGAUCUCGUAGACCCUAACUCGCCAACAGGAGGAUAUAUCGUUUACUCUACUUGCAGCGUCUCUGUGGAGGAGAACGAAGCGGUAAUUGACUAUAUACUGAAGGCCCGCAGAGUUAAGCUUGUCCCCCUAGGUGUCUCCGUUGGCAGCCCUGGGCUGAGCUCCUUUCGAGGGCAGCAGUUUCAUCCUUCGCUGUCUCUGCACACUCGUCGGGUGUAUCCUCACCUUAAUAAUAUGGACGGCUUCUUUGUUGCUAAAUUAAAAAAGAUUUCUAAUGAAAAAGUAGAGAGAAUUAAGAAAGACCGCAGCAAAACAAACCCCUAUGUUAAGGUGUGGGGCCCGGAGAAGUGGAGUGAUAAGUCCGUUACUGAAGACUUUCUCUCGUUUGAAGACAGCCACACAGGGGAGACAAGCAGCGGAGGAGGUGAAGGGGGGCCUCAGAAUGGGGUGUCUCCUGUCUCUAAGGCGUCAUCGAAGGCAGCAAGAGACAACAGACAACAGCAGCAGCAGCAGCAGCAGCAGCAGCAAACAAAGCAAAAGAAACAGCAUAACAAACGCAAAGGUUUCUUUAAGAGAAAGAGAGAGAAUCAGCAAGAAGAACAUACUGCACAACACAAAGAAGAAGGGGCCCCCCCAAAGAGACACCGCAUGCAAGGGGGGCCCCCUUCCCAGGAGCCUGGCAGGGGAAACUCAAAAGAGCAGAAGCAGCAGCAGCAGCAGCAGCAGCAGCAGCAGCAGCGCAAGCAGCAGCAGAAGCAUAAGAAGCAGCAGCAGAAGCAGCAGCAGCACAAGAAGCAACAGCAGAAGCAGCAGAAGGAGACAGAUUGA